AUGAAGAUUAAAAAGGAAAACAAAAAGAAGUCUUCUACUUAUUCAGAAAGAACCCAUUAAAAUAUGAAAAAUAAGAAAUAAUAAGCCAAAGAAAAGCUAAAAAAUACAGAUUUGGGAAAGCCUCGAAAUUUAAAAAAUAUUUCCUUUGAAAAACCUAAUAUUUGGGCAACAAAAGAAGGAGCAAUUAGAAUAUUAACCUUUCUUAUGAAUUAAGGUAGACAUUUUCUACUCCAUCCUGCAGGAGCAAAGAAAUCCAUAAUUAAUGAAGAAAAUGAAUAAAAUAUAAAAGAAAAAUAGGACUUAUUAAACUAAAUUAACAAAUUGAAACCAUUAUAUGAUUUAUUGGAAAAUAUACAUCAAACUUUUCUUGGAUUUCCAUAGAAGUAAAAAAAGAAGGAAAGAUUAAUAGUAUUUUUUUUUAGAAAUAAUUGUGAUAUCGAACCUCAUUAUGAUAAAGUAAGUCCUUUAGAAAAUUUACAUUUUUAACAGAAUUUAGAAGAAAUUAAAUUUUAACUUGAUAAUGUCUUUUAUAGAGAACUUUCUGAUAUUUUAAAAUAAUUGGAGGGAAAUGAACUUAACAUAUAAGAUUAAAUUAAAUUAAUUACUUAAGACUUAGUUAAUUAAACCAAUAAUUUAGAUGAAAUCUCAUUAGCUAAUACAAUAGUUAAGAAUUUAUUUAUUUAGUUAUUAAUAGAGUAAGGAAAUCAUAAUUUAUAAUUAUUGGAAAUGAUUGUUGAAAAAUAAAAUAAGACAUUAUUAUUAUAAAUCUUUAAAGAAUUUAUAAAUUAGAAUUCAUUCAGAAUUACAAAGUUUAUAACAGAAUUAGUACAAUUAAUUCAAGGAGAUGAUCUAAACAAUUCGAUUGAAUGUACUUUUUAAUAAACUAAUUAUGAUGAAAAUUGUAUUAUAUAAUAAAAUUGGUAAUAUUUAGAAAAUGAAAACUCCGUAUACUUAAGUGAUUGA